GUCUUCCCCGUAUUGGUAAUAUAUAUCUUGUUAAUACCCGCCAGCCUUUGACCUUUCCUUAUUUCUCUCGUCUUUUUCGCGUUCCUUCUAAACGUCCAAGAAUUUCAAAGCCAUGGUUGCCUCCGACAAGGAUACUAGAGAGGAAGUUAUUCAGGCAUGGUACAUGGAUGAUAGUGAUGAAGACCAAAGACUCCCCCAUCACAAUGAUCCUAAGGAAUUUGUGUCCCUGAAUCAACUUUCUGAACUUGGAGUACUCAGCUGGCGAUUAGAUGCCGAUAACUAUGAAACUGAUGAGGAAUUGAAGAAGAUUCGUGAAGAGCGUGGUUAUUCUUACAUGGACUUCUGUGAGGUUUGUCCAGAAAAGCUUCCAAAUUAUGAAGAGAAGAUAAAAAAUUUCUUUGAAGAACAUCUUCACACUGAUGAAGAGAUACGCUACUGUGUGGCAGGAAGUGGUUACUUUGAUAUCAGAGACUGUAAUGACAAAUGGAUUCGUGUAUGGGUAAAGAAAGGGGGAAUGAUUGUUUUACCUGCUGGCUGUUAUCACCGCUUUACAUUGGAUACUGACAACUAUAUCAAGGCAAUGCGUUUGUUUGUGGGUGAUCCUGUUUGGACCCCAUUCAAUCGCCCCCACGAUCAUCUACCUGCAAGGAAAGAAUAUGUUAAAGGUUUCUUGCUGAAAGAAGCUGGCAACCAUUCUAUUGAUGUCAAUGCAUCUGCAUGAUUUUGCAUCUACCGUCAAAUUGGAGUAAAAGUUAUUACUGGUAAAUAAAGAGCUGAUUCUUCUGUACUCUCUUGUGUUUUGUAUGGCUCCUUGGUUUGCUUGUAUCGUUUGUUUUUCUUGUGUACUGUACUCUUGCUUUGCUGCUGACUUGAUAUAAGUAUCUUGUUAGUUUCCA